AUGGAAUUUGGAGGUUCUUUGAACGCAUACAAUGCCAAGUACUGGGAAAGUUACAACAAGAUCCUCGAUUGCCCCACCAAUUUGGCGAUCACCCAAUACAAGCGACGUCUCCCAGUCGGACAUAGGCUGCGAGAUUCGCUUACGAUGCACCAGCCCACUACCAUGGAAUCUUUGAUGCAACGGAUCAACGAACACAUCCGAGUGGAGGACGAUGCCGCCACCGCGACCGAGAAGGAGAAUCCGGUCCUGGCGGACAGAAGAGUGGCGGGGAAGGUUCACUCGGUAGGGCAGGAGGACAACCGCCCAAACGACCGGUCAAAAGAUCAACGUCGUGGCUCAAACCGCGAUGAUAGGAACAAAGGUCGCAGAAACGACCGAGCUAACGCUCCUCGUGAUGAAGAGGAAGAUGCCAAGAGAAAGUUGAAAGCGCGAACCAGUAUCACCACGGUCUUUAAAAUCCCUAUUUAUCGCAUCCUGAGUGAAAUCCGAGGUGAACCCUACGUCCGUUGGCCGGCCAAGUUGGGAAACACGCAGAGAGGCUUCAACUCGAGGUAUCGCUGCACCUUCCAUGAAGAACGAGGGCACCGAACGGAGAACUGUGUGCCGCUCAAACAACAUUUGGAGGAGUUGGCGGCGGCAGGGCAUCUGGACCAGUACAUAGACGGUGGUAUGAAAGCCGCUCCCCAGGGACAGGGCGAGCCAAACGGCCUCGUCGUCCUGGAUGCAGCGCCGCAGGGUGUGAUCAAUGUCAUCCAUGGCAUCAUUGAGCCGGCAAGGGUUUGCGAACUAAGAGGGAUGAUCAAGAAAGCUGAGCACAUGAGAGAGGUGCUCUCCAUUCAGCCCGCCGUGAAAAAAAGGAAGACCGAGGAAAAAGACGUCCUGACCUUUUCUAGCAAAGACUUAGAAAGAAUUCAAGUGCCUCAUAAUCACGCCCUAGUGGUGACCCUCUGCGUCAAGGACUUCGACAUCAAUAGAAUUCUGGGGCUGGUUGCAUGCCAUGUAGGCGGUAGCAUCGACCUACCAUCAGGUCCUGCGUUUCCCGGCACCAACCGGACGGAUAGAAGAGGUUUGGGGAGACCAGGUGAUGGCAAGACAGUGCUUCGUCGCAGUAAAUGGCAGCAGAGCUGCCAAGGGCUUUGUGCAGAUGAUAGAGGGCCCGGAGGGAAAGGAAGUCCUGGAAGACGUAGGAAAAAAGGCCAAGGAGAAAUCGGUCAAAGACUUGGUGGAGGCAAGUGCAACGGCAAACGCUCCCGUCGCAACUGCACUUGCUGA